AUGGCGGGGCGCAAGCACGUGCCCUCCUCCUUCACGCGCCUCGACGAAAUGAGCCUCGCACAUACCUCCUCCGCCACCGUGGUCCGCGCCCUCGAGGACCGUGUCGACGUGCGCCACCGCGAGAUCCAGACCCUAAUCGCCGACAACAAGCGCCUCGCUGGCAUCCACGUGGCCCUAAAACAGGACCUCGUCGCCACUCAGGAGGAGCUCCGCCGCCUCUCUGCCGCAGCAGCCGAGGUCAAGGCCGAGCGUGACGCGGAGGUGCGCGAGAUCUACGAGAAGUCGCUGAAAGUGGACGCAGAGGUGCGCUCUGUUGCCGCCAUGAGCGCCGAGCUGGAUCGGGUGCAAUCGGACGUACAGGAGCUCGCGGCGUCGCGGAAGGAGCUCGCGGCGCAGCUGCAGGGCAUUGGGAGCGACCUCGGGAGGGCACGCGCCGAUGCGCAGUUUUUGCCAGCAAUCAAAGCCGAUUUAGAGGCCAUGCGUCGUGAGAUUCAACGAGGAAGGAAUGCUAUUGAAUUUGAGAAGAAGACACAUACUAGUAACCUUGAGCACAGACGGGCAAUGGACAACAAUAUGAUUAUAAUGUCCAGUGAGGUUGAAAAGUUACGGGCUGAGUUGGCGAAUGCAAAAAAAAGGGCAAUGGCUGCGAUGGCUGCAGAUGCAAAACCAAGUCCUGGAUAUCCUGAUAACUAUGACAAUCCUGAGAUAGGAUAUGGAGGAGUCACAUACCCUCCUGAUUCUUAUAGCAUGCAUCAGAUGCAAGCUGGGGUUGACGCACAUUCUCAAGAUGCAGCCGGAGCAUCCUUACAUCAUUCGUAUGAUCUGCAACGUACACAAAUGCCUAGGUAG